GGUAAUUGAAAUCAACCCUAAGCUCAUUUCAUCUCCGCUCUAAAGGUAGCCCCGAUUAUUGCUGACUUAAGCAUCGGAGUGUCUACCCCGAGAUCCAUCUUGGGGCUUUGCAAGUCAAUCCGAAGUGCAGACACGGACUAAAGAAGGACUUCUGGUUUGGUGCAAUUACAUUUGGCGCCGUCUGUGAGAAUCCAAACUGAAAGAUCCCUUAUUGCUCUCAUCAUGAUUAACACUCGAUCAGUCUAAACUGGAAACUCAUCUCAGCCUCUUGGACGAGGCCAGGUCCCCAGCAACCUCCCACCCCACCUCCCACCUCCAAUCCCAAACAUGUUCCCUCCUGUUGACCAUGCAGAAAGAGGAGAUGAAAAUCAACCACACAAUUCAACCCACAACUCAGCUUCCACCGCCAACCAAGACAUAGUUGCAACUCAGCUUGCUGCCAUGCAACAAUAUAAAUCUCAGGGCCAGUCUCACAUAGCACCAGUUCCGCAACCCCUCCUUGAUGAUGUCACUCGAUGUCUAGACAGCUUAGAAAAGCUAGUAGCUGACCAGCGAGGUGCCCCACCUCCACACCAUGCUGCUGACUCCAUACCCCACCCUCUGAACACCAACAUCACAUUGGAACCCUACCCUGCUGGCUUUAAGAUACCUCAGCUUGAGACUUAUGAUGGGACGAAGAAUCCUAAUGAUCACCUACAUGCUUUCUAUUCUUGUAUGCAAGCUCAGAAUGCCUUUAACGCGUUGAUGUGCAAAAUCUUCCCCUCUACUCUCCGAGUACUGGAGGUUAGCUCCUUCGACCAGGCUGUGGGAAUUGCAGCUGUGAUCUCAGGUCUUAACCAUGAAAGAUUCAGAGAUAGUUUGCUCAAACACCCUGCCACUACCUUUAGCGAGGUGAAUGAUAGGUCCCUCAAAUUCAUAACUGUUGAGGAAUAUGCCUUGUCGCAGAAGCCAACUCUCUCUAAGAACCAAAACCCAGACUGGAGAGAUGAGAAUCCGAGUAGGAAACGGAUGAGGAUAGCACAGAACCGAGGUCCGAUGUCGACCUCCACAUCGAGAUUCGAAAGGCCGAACUUAGCACCUCCACAACAGUCUGCAGCCAAGCCAAGGUUUGUCAGAGAACAGGGACCACAAUCUCAAGGAACCUGUAAUCCACCGAAUAGACAAGGAGUGGGACAUCAACAGGCCCCACCUCCGCUUCCACCACCAGCCCGAAUUAUACACAUGAUUACAGAAGGAUUGGAAGCAAGAGGGAUGAGCUCCAAACAAAGGAAGUUAUAUGUCAGAGAGGUCAAGCACCAGAACCGAUCUCAGAAAAGGAAAAUUGAUGAUGCUGAAUGGAAAGAUCAACCAAUCACUUUUACACCUGCUGAUUUUGAAGGGGUGGUAACACCUCACAAUGACCCUUUGGUCAUCUCUGUAAUGAUCAACAAUUGUCAAGUCCAAUGCGUACUUGUUGACACUGACAGUGCACCUGAUAUCAUGUACUACCACUGUUUUAAGAGCCUAAGGCUCGACCCAGCUCUGCUACAACGAUAUGAUGGUCCCAUAUAUGGCUUCAACAACCAACCAGUUCUAGUUGAAGGGAUCCUAACUAUGAAUGUUGCAUUUGGAAGUGGCCGAACCUAUGUAACUCCGUCAGUUCGGUUUCUGGUGGUCAAAAUGCCUUCUUCUUUCAAUGUUGUCAUUGGCCGGCCCACAUUAACAGAGAUCCGAGCUGUAGUCUCUCAAUCUCACCUCUGCAUGAAAUUUCCAACCCCCAUGGUUACAAGGCCACAGAAAAACAAAGAUCAACCGAUAGAAAACCCUCCAUCAGAAGUCUAUGACAAUCGACAAGUGAUGGGGGUUGAAAUCCUCGAUAACCAACCUGAAGAUGAAACCCGAGCUGCUCCGGGUGAUGAUGUUGAAGAGGUACAGAUUGAUGACAGAGAUCCGACCAGGAAAACACAGAUAGGAACUCGGCUAAACCCCGAGGAGAGAGCAGAGCUGAUAACCUUUCUUCGAGCUAACAAAGAUAUUUUUGCAUGGACCUCAACAAAUAUGCCGGGAAUUCCCACUUCGGUUUCUCAACACAAACUCAACACCAAUCCACUCAAGAAACCAGUGGCCCAGAAGCGGCGCCUCUUUGGGGGGGAGAGGUUAAAGGUCAUCAAAGAAGAAGUUGAAAAGCUCUUACAAGCUGGCUUCGUUAGACGGGUCGAUCACUGCGAAUGGGUCGCCAAUCCUGUGUUGGUGAAGAAAGCAAAUGGCAAAUGGCAAAUGGCGGAUGUUCCAAUGGCUCCUAAAGAUGAAGAAAAAACCUCGUUCUAUGCCGAUGAUGAAAUCUAUUGCUAUGUGAUGAUGCCCUUCGGCUUGAAGAACGCAGUGAUGAAGAGUUUGAAAGCUGAAGAUCAUUUAACCGACCUUGAAGAGACAUUCAACAAUCUCAGAAAGAACAGAAUGAGGUGGAAUCCAGCAAAAUGCAUCUUUGGUGUGGAGUCUGGAAAAUUUCUAGGCUUCAUGGUGUCCAGAAGGGGAAUUGAGGUUAACCCCGAGAAGAUCAAAGCAAUAGCUGAGAUGGAGCCACCGAAGUCAGUAAAAGAUGUGCAGAGGUUGACAGGGAGAGUGGCAGCUCUUCAUAGAUUCAUCUCAAAAUUAGCAGAUAAAUGCCUGCCAUUUUUCAAGAUCAUGAGAUUGGCAACCUAGAAGGAUGAAUCUGGAAAACAGAAGAAAUUCGAAUGGAAUUC